AUGGCCCCACCAAGAAGAAAACUACUAGCCACAGUAGAAGAAACCUUAGUUGCCCCGGAUUCGUUGUUGGAGAGCCACAAAAUCGCGAAAGUGAUCAAAGCCACGGGAAAUAAUAUCUACGCCGUAGAGCUACCGUCUAAAGAGACCGUGUUAGUAGAGCUAGCGGCAAGAUUCCGUUCGACGAUUUGGGUCAAACGGGGCACCUAUGUUCUUGUCGACAUGGCAGCUCUUGAGGAUAGAGGCAACAAAUUAUCCGGGGAAAUCAUAAAUAUUGUCAGAGAUGAGAAGGAGUGGCGGAAAGCACAUUUCUGGCCAAAGGAAUUCGCAAAGCCCUCAAGGGAAGAAGAUGAUGAUGAAGAUUCGAUUUCGGGCAAGUUGCCGCCCUCAGAAGAUGAAGAUGAAUAG